AUGGAGGUUGGUUUUUCAGUUAAGAUAGAGUUGGCGAUGAUACUGCUUUGUUUGAUGAAGACAACAAACCCAGAACUACUCGAUAAUCUGCUUACUCCCAAAGCAAUAUGUCCCAAACAAUGUGCUGUUUGUUCUUCCAUCGAAAUGCUCUGUUCUGGUGCCAACAUCACAGAUGUCCUAAACUAUGAUAUGGAUCCUCAAUUAGUAAAUUUAGACUUUUCAAACAUGUCAUUGAACUUUAUUCCACUCGAAGUAUCAUACAUGACUAAAUGCAAGAAACUCAAUCUAUCUAUGAACAACAUCCAAAAUAUCGAUAAGAUUGCUUUAGAAAACUUAUGGAAUCUUGAAGAUCUGAUAUUGAGCAAUAACUCCAUUAAGGACAUCGCUGAUAUAAAUCCAAGUGAAUUGUUUAACUAUAACAAGAAACUCAAGUUUCUAGAUUUAUCGAACAAUCCUUUCUUUGAUCUUGGUCAAGACAAUAACACUAUAUUGAUCAGUGAAUCACUAGAAGUGUUAGACGUUAGUCAAUGUCAAAUUGUCUCAUUGAUUGGACCAAUUGUGCUCAGUGGACUCAAAAAGCUGAAAUACUUAAACUUGUCCAAUAACCCAUUAAAACGAUUGGAUGGACUGUGGUCGGACUCAAUAACCACGUUAAACUUACGUGGCUGUAUCCUCGUCUAUCUCAGCGAUGAUGCUCUGAGUGGAUUUACAAAUCUCGAACUAUUGGACGUCAGCCUAAACGAUCAGCUGUUUAUCGACAAUACAAUACAAUCCACGUCACUCGCAACGCUUGACAUUUCGCAGUGUUCAGUGCGCAUACCGAAUUUGCAUGGUAUGCUUGAUCUUAGAACUGUAUUUAUGAACGGCAACCGAAUUAAAAGACUUACAGCUUAUCAAUUUGCAAAUAGCACAAAACUGAUCAAUUUGGAUAUAUCUGAAAACCACGUCGAAACUGUGGACCCGUUAGCAUUUUACGGCAUGUCGUCGCUUAUGUUUUUGGACUUGUCUAUAAAUUUUAUCAUAGAAAUCGCAUGGGAAUCCGUUAUGGCUACACUGCCGUCACUGGAAUCGAUGAACCUUUCGUACAACUUCGUCUCUCAAAUUGGACGGCUGAAAUCGAACUCUCUCCGCCGACUGAACCUCGAUCACUGUUGGAUCCAUUCGAUUCCGAACGGUGCAUUCGUUCAACUAGAGAAAUUGGGCGAGCUCAUAUUAUCCAACAACCCAUUACAAAUGUUACUACCAGGUAGCUUCAACUCAUCACACAUGUGGUUUUUGGAUCUCAGCUAUUGUCGGAUAUCGCACCUGAUAUCGUACGAGUUUGUCAACUCGCCCAAUCUUACAGAAAUAAGGUUGACCGGGAACCGUUUAGUGACUUUGAAAAAUGGCACGUUCAAUAAAUGCACUAAGCUGAAAUACGUUUACUUGGAUGACAACCCGUGGACGUGUGACUGUUACAGUGCUGAUUUCGCCUACAUGGCCGUACUGGCCAAUAGAACUACCAAGCAUUCUCCAAUUGAAAGGGCGCCCAGCUGUCUGAGCCCUGACAACGUUACCGGAAUGCUGUGGCACGUGGCGUGCGGCAACAGCCCCGCGUACGCCCGAGACAACCGGAAGAACUUCUCGAUGGCCAUCGGCGUCAUACUCAUACUGUGCGUGUCCGGGCUGAUGGCCAUAUUCGUGGCCGUCCACGAGAACAUGAAAACCCGGCAGAUGAUGCGCCGGCGGCGGCAGUUGGACGAGUACGGCAACCCCGACCGGUCCGGCGGUGGCGCGGGAACGGCCGGCCCCGACGAGUACUUCGACGAGUACGCGGCCGCGGCGGAAUCGGCUCGCAAGAUGUCGCAGCUGCCUUCGUACGACGAGGCGGUCAUGUUGCCCAAGCCACCGCCAGAACCGCGCCGGAGCAAGCGGCACAGUUGCACGCAGACGGACGAGGCCGACGUGACGGACGUGGUGGCCGCCGCCGCCGCUCCGCCUGCCACCGGUGGAGUCUACAGUGGCGUCUACUGGCUACUGCCGCCGCCACCUGGGUUACACGUCACCGAGCUUUGA